GUUUGUUUGUUUGUUCUAUUGUUCUUUGUCCUGAUGAGUUACUCUUGAGACACACGCUCUUUCUACCGUUAUACGAGUACUAUUAUUCUUCUUCUUCAGUUAUUUUAUAUUUUCUACAUACAGUAGACUCUUUGUUUUCAGUUUUCACUAUCAACCUUGGCUUUAUAACGGCAUCAUCAUUCAUCUACUUGUUUUCAGUGUCGCCAACCUUUCGAAUUACCACAAACAAUUACAUUUACUCUCAUUUGGUAACUGUGUAAUCCAAUCCAAGCCAUGUCUCCUUCGAUCCUUCUUUUCCUUUCUCUAUUCUCCAUUGCUCUCUCCUUUGCCGACUCGCAAUCCUUCGUCGGAGUUAACUACGGUCAGAUCGCCGAUAAUCUUCCUCCUCCGGAAGCCACCGCCAAGCUUCUCCAAUCCACCUCAAUCGGGAAAGUUCGUAUUUACGGCGCCGAUCCUGGAAUCAUAAAAGCACUUGCUAAUUCCGGCAUCGGAAUUGUCAUCGGAGCUGCAAACGGCGACAUUCCAAGUCUAGCUUCCGAUCGUAACGCAGCAGCUCAAUGGGUGAACACUAACGUUUUACCUUAUUACCCUGCCAGUAACAUCACUCUGAUCACCGUUGGUAAUGAGGUUUUAACCUCCGGCGAUCAAGGACUUGUGUCACAGCUUGUACCGGCAAUUCGAAAUGUCCAAACUGCCCUCAGUUCGGUCUCGCUAGGUGGAAAGGUGAAGGUGUCAACCGUACAUUCAAUGGCGGUGUUGUCUCAGUCGGAUCCACCUUCGUCCGGGUCGUUUAACCCGACGUUACAAAAUACUUUGAAUCAGUUACUGGCGUUUUUGAAGGAUAACAAAUCGCCGUUUACGAUAAAUCCUUAUCCGUUUUUCGCUUACCAGAGUGACCCGAGACCCGAAACGCUUGCGUUCUGUUUAUUUCAACCUAAUUCGGGUCGGGUUGAUUCGGGUAACGGAAAACUUUACACCAACAUGUUCGAUGCUCAGGUUGAUGCUGUGCAUUCUGCUCUCAGUGCAAUGAACUAUGAGGACAUUGAGAUUGUAGUUGCAGAAACAGGAUGGCCUUCUAGCGGCGACAGCAAUGAAGUAGGACCAAGUGUUGAAAAUGCUAAGGCCUAUAAUGGAAACCUUAUUACUCAUCUUAGAUCAUUAGUUGGUACCCCUUUGAUACCUGGGAAGUCUGUCGACACUUACAUUUUUGCACUUUAUAAUGAAAACCUCAAAUCCGGACCGGGAUCUGAACGCGCUUUUGGCCUCUACAAAACUGAUCUUACCAUGUCAUAUGAUGUUGGCUUGGCCAAGUCUAGCCAGCAGACUCCGCCAUCAACUACUCCAGUUACUCCAGCUCCUAGCACUUCAGGAUGGUGUGUUCCAAAAGCAGGAGUCUCUGAUGCUCAGUUGCAAGCCAAUAUUGACUAUGCUUGUGGCCAAGGCAUAGACUGUGGGCCAAUACAACCAGGAGGAGCAUGUUUUGAACCCAACACAUUACCAUCUCAUGCUGCCUUUGUAAUGAAUCUCUACUACCAAACAUUUGGUAGAAAUCAAUGGAACUGUGAUUUCUCUCAAACAGCAAUUCUCACAUCCCAAAAUCCAAGUUACAAUGCUUGCAAUUACGCUGGUGGAAGUACCUAAAAAUCAGAUUAUUCAGCAUGGCCUCAGUUAAUAAACUUGGUCUAAACAAGUAUAUUAAUAUAAAUUUUAAUCAAGGAAAAAGGGUUUAUCCUUGGCCCUCUUUUAUUUAUAGCCUUGUAAUAGUAUCGCUUUUUUUUUUGGGGUCAAAAUAUGUGUACCCACCUAAUUCUAAUUUUUUUUCUUAAUAUUAUAUCUCUUUUGGGAAUGAGUCUACUCAGAUGUAUUAUGUUAUAAUUGUAUGAUAAUGGAAUGAAUAAGUUUCUCAUUAUAUAUAUGGAAUUGUUUGGUCAA